ACCAAAGGCAGCUUCUUCAAGGUUACCAUGGCUGUGCCUGAGGAUCUGAGAGAGGCCUGCUCCAAUGAAAACGUCCAUAAAGAGUUCAAGAAAGCAUUGGGAGCAAACUGCAUCUUUCUCAACAUCACAAAUCGUGAGCUCUUCAUCCUGGUGAGUUUAUUCUGCCUGAAUUUCACCUAAGCCCUUUUCCCCUUUUAACAACUUUGCAAGAAGAGAAGAGCCAAAAUGUGCUUAUAUUUAUUUGUCAGAGAGGACUUUAUUGCUCCUGACCUCUGUGGACCCAGGGAGGUGGGAACUGGGACUCCUGAGUCCCUGAGGAGAACCUGCCUGGGAGGGAUAAACAGCUGGAAGGGGAAGUACUGUACGUACCGUACUGGGUCUGGGGAGCUGACCCUCCUUCCCCUCUGGCGGUCCUAGACAUUUAACACAUCUGGACCUCACCCCGGCCUCAGACUUUUCCCUCAUUGUGACCCCACCACCUGCCCCAUUAUGACCCAGUCCUUCUCCCCCUCCCCCACCAGAGGAGUCUGGCUCCCAGUGACUAUGUGGAGGCCGGGGGGCCCAGGCAGGCCUGGGCCCCCCGGCCAUGGGUGAGCGAAGCCACUACCGAGCCCAGCCGUGCUCUGGCACCAACCCCAGGAAAUGCCAGGACCUAGGAGACUCAAUUCUUCUGAUCCUGGGCAGCUUCAUCUUGCUCAACGUGGGGAUCAACGUGGUGACUCUGCUCCGGAGGCAUCUGAAGAGCUCCUUGCGGACACUUUUCCGUCAUGUUUUCCCCAAAGACAAGCAAGCCAGCUGUGUAGGCAGCCAUCGCAUGUGCAUGCGCUGCUCCGUGGAUCCCAAGAAGCUGCGCUCAAGAGUUUCUUCCCGCUUCCGCCAUCGCCCAAGCUUCCUGCUCGGGCACCCAAACCACCUUGACUCGUGGAUACCAGACUCAAAAGAUGAGAAGGCUUCUGGGUGCUGCUGGAUGCCGCCUCAGUGUGGACGGGCUGGGGCUCCCACGGAGGCUCCACGGGGACUGUGGAAGGAGGGGGUAGUGGGAGCUGGCGAGGCCCCUCCGGUCACAGCCUUAAAGUCCCGAGCCACCUUUUACUCCAGGCAAGAGACAUCUUCCAAGCUCCGCAGGAUGAGCAAGGUGGACGUGCUUCCAGGCCGCCUGCCCCAAGAGAGCAAGACGAAGACCCCAGACUAUGACCCAGCCCAGGCUCCAGCCCGGGCCCAGACCCGCCCCCCAGUUCAGCCCCCUGCGCAUGCUCCUGCCAACGCCCAGACCUUCGCCUCAGCCCACCCCCCUGAGCACACCCCCCCCCCACCCCAGGCCGAGACCUGCUCCCGAGGCCACGCCCAUGAGCACACUUCCGCCCAGGCCCAGGCCUUCUCCCCAGUGGACCCCACUGGGCACACUCCUGCCAAGGCCCAGAACUUUUCCUCAACCCACCCCUCUGAGCACGCCCCACCUCAGGCCCAGACUUGCUCCACGUUCCACCCCCCUGAGCACACCACCCCCCAGGCCCAGACCCCCUCCCCAGCCCUCACCCCUGAGCACAGCCCUGCCCAGGUCCAUGGCCCUGAGCAUACCUCAGCCCAUACCCCAGCCCAGGCCCAAGCCCAGGCCCCCUCAAAUGCCUCAACCCAGUCCCUGGGCCACACUUCUCUCUGCACCCUGACCCAUGCUCAUCUGACCUAUACCCAUGCCAACACUCUGGUCCCUCCCCCACCUUCGGCCCCAGUCCCUCCCCCAACUUCUGCCCCUGCUACUACUCCUGCCCUAGCCCCUACACCAGCCCCUGUCCCGAUCUCUGCCACAACCUCUGUCCCAGUGCAGGUCAUGGCCCUGACGACCACUCCAUUCCCUUCCACCACCCCGACCCCCAUCCUAGCUUCUAUUCCCUCUACCUUGUCUGCCUUCAGCCAAGGCCUCUCCUCCGGCCAGGUGGUCUACGAUGCCCGCAGGGUAAAGCAGAACGUGGUCCAUGUGUGUCCCCCUCAGAACUCUGGGUACUCCAGAAAGGACUUGGGUACCGUCUGCAGGCCCCAAGAGGGGCAUGGUCUGGUGAGCUCUGGUACAGCUGAGCAAACACUGAAGCAAUGUAGUGGGGACAGUGCCAAGCCCUCCACAGGAUCCAUACUGGGUUACCUGGAGUUGGGGAAUAUGGAAUGGAAGAUCUCAAAUGAUGCCAAAGACAAAUUUGUGCAGUCCAAGACCUUCCCUUACUGCAGCUUCCAUCCUUGCAGUUCUGAGAAGAGAAACACGGACCCCCAGGCUCCAGUCUACCCCAAAUUCCUGGUGUACUCCAAGGAUGCUGCACCUUCUCAACCUUGCUUCCAUUCUCCAACCAGUGCCCAGAGCUCACCAUGCGCCAUGCCUCCACCAUGCACUCUUUCUCUGCCUCUUGUUUCUCCCAGAUCCUUUGUCCUUCAUCAACACAGCAACCACCACAAGCCCUCCGCCUUAAUACAACCCCCCACCUUUCCCCCAACCUCCAAGUCUCCUCCGUCUGUCCUCUCUUCCCAGGGCCCCAUCCCUCCCCAGUUAGCCACUACGUCCCAAACCCCAAACCAGCCCCAACCCCCUGAACUUCGUGAGAGUCUAGGCCUCAACCAAGGCUCUGUCCUCCAAAGGACCCCAGGCCCUGCAAGAGAGUGUAGGGUUUCCAGAAACCCAGGCCUUACCCCAAAUCCAGGCCUCCACAAGAACCCUCUAGGAACUGACUCUGUCCAAGCUUUGGGCCCACAUCAGACCCGAAAGUUAUUUAGAUCUGAGGCAGUUCCUCGAAAGGAGGAUGCAGGGCAGCACAUACCAUGGACUUCUGUCCCACCCAGUCAGAACUCCUGCUCUCCCAAGGCUCAGGUGACCUACAAUGACCUGCAAACCUUCUCAGAGGUACCUGUGCUGAUUGAGCUGCAAUCAUCCUCCCGGCGAGCAGGCAGCCAAGACUGGGUGUACCACGCCAUGGAUACAGUUCCUCCAGCCUGCCAGAACUAUCGCCAGAUGUCUACGCCUCCCAAGACCAGCUGGAAGCCCUACUGUCCUGGGUCAGGCACCCGGCUAGGGCAUGUGGUCUUUGACGCCCGCCAGAGACAGUUCAGAGCGGGCAGGGACAAAUGCGAAGCUCUGUCUCCCAGGCGCCUUCACCGAGAGACAUCCAACAACUCACCGGAGACCAUCAAGGUGUGGGGAUAUCAGGGGACAGAUAUGCAUGAGGAAUAAAGAGACAAGAGAAGUGUUCUGUGGUUGUGUGAGGACAUCCACCCCAGCCCCAUCCCACAGGGCCUGAUGAGGACCUAAACUAUCCCUGCUUUCCCUCCAUCGCUGUCUAGCUAAAUCCGUUAUCCCCAAGGCCCUAGAGCUGCAUUGUCAAUUACAGUAGCCACUAGCCAAAUAUGCCUAUUAGAAUAUAAACUAGUUAAAAUUAAGGAAAAGUAAUUCUGUUAAAAAUUAAGUUAAAAAGUUAAAAAUUCUCUUCCUCAGGGAACAGAAUUUCCCUGGCGUCCAAUUCUGUUCCCUGGUGGUCCAGUUGUUGGGACUUGGUGCUUUCACUGCUGUGGCCGGGGUUCAAUCCCUGGUCGGGGAACUCAGACCCUGCAAGCUUCAUGGCUUGGCCAAAAAAGGAAAAAAUUCUGUUCCUCAGUGUCAUGAUCUUCUAAGUGCUCAGUAGUCACAUGGAGCUAGCGGAUACUGUAUUGGACGGCACAGGUUUAGAACGUUUCCAUCAUCAUGGAAAAUGCUAUUGGAGAGCAGUGCUUUAGAGUUUAGAGCAAUUUUCCUUUCCCUGUCACCCACCCCCAGCAUCUUAAAGCUCCCCCAGAGCCCAGAGAACUUCGUUCUUUUUAGGGUGGCUCAGAAGCCACCCUCUGGGGAGGAGGUAAGAUGUAGGCACGGACACCCAACGCCUGAUUUCCCCAGACUGUGAGAAAGAGCCCAGGCUUCAGUUUUCCUGAUCUGGUCUCUUGGGACACGACCAGAGGUAUGGAAACUUGCCUCCCCCGUUCUGGGCUGUGUUUGGGGCUCUUGGUUACUGAGGGAGAAGACCUCUCUUGGUCAGUGACUAGGAAACCUUGUGUUUUAGGCUCCCCAAAUUGAGCCUUGGAUUCUGACGGUCCCCUCCUUCAUAGGCCUCUAAGUUUUUCGAGGUGUCUCCACUUAAUUUUCUUGCCCAUGGACUUAGGCCUAGUUCACUGUGGAGACAGACCCCUGGGAAAAAGGAAUGUAAGAAUCCCUGGUCCAGCAUGCAUUGGUCUAAUCUGUGAGCGUGUCUCUGGUGUCCUAUCUUUCUGUCCUAUUAUUCUGGCUCCUAGUUUCAGCCUGGACUUAAGCUGUGUCCAUGAUAGCACUGGCCGCUGAAAGCAAUUUCCUUCCCCUCAUAAUUUUUCAUUGCCCUGCCCUAGCCCAGCUGGAGUUUCCUCUGGACUUGAUUUUCAGUCCUGAUAACU